AUGACUAAAAGCACCAAGAAAGUGGGGAUCAUGGGUAAAUACAGGAUGCAUUACGGCACCUCCCUGCGGAAGAUGGUGAAGAAAAUCAAGAUCAGCCAUCACUCCCAGUACACAUGCUCCUUCUUCGGCAAGACCAAGAUGAAAAGUACCUACAGUACCACUUCUGCUGUCACAGUCAAAUCUGCCAUAGGAAUACUGAAGGAAUUGAAAGACCAGUAG